GCGCCCGCCUGCCGGGAGACCCCGGCCUGCGGUGCCCCCAUUCAUCCGCGUCUUGGCCGCGGGAGUUUCUCAAUGGGAAGGGGCGGGUCUCCCGGGGGCGGGGCGAGUGGGAUCAGACCCUCCCCGGUUUCUCCGAGACCAAGCGCGCGGAAACCGGCGGUGUUUCAGAUUGUUGGAGCCUGCGGCUGAGCAGACUUGGGGAGCUCCAGGCCAGAAACGGGGUGGCUCCUAGCCUGGGGCGAAGAGUCGGGCGCGAAAGGAGCUCCGACCAGGGUGGUGAGAGGUGUGCCGUUGAGGAAGGAGUUUCCAAGGAAGCCAGUGCAACAGCAAGUCUACGGGCUCUUGGGGGACACACAUUCAGAAUGUUGGUCCCCGCCCUCCUCGUCCUCCUCUUCUGCCUCCGAGGGCAUGCAGGUCUGUCGCCCCAUUUUCUGCAACAACCAGAUGACUUGGUGGCACUGCUGGGAGAUGAGGCCCGGCUGCCCUGUGCCCUGGGCGAAUACUGGGGGCUGGUUCAGUGGACUAAGGAUGGGCUGGCUCUAGGGGGCGAAAGGGACCUGCCAGGGUGGUCCCGGUACUGGAUUUCAGGGAAUGCAGCCAGCGGCCAGCACGAUCUUUACAUUAGGCCCGUGGAGCUAGAGGAUCAAGCUUCAUAUGAGUGCCAGGCCACACAAGCAGGCCUCCGCUCUCGACCAGCCCAAUUGCAUGUGCUGGUGCCCCCAGAAGCCCCCCAGGUGCUGGGCGGCCCCUUUGUGUCUCUGGUGGCUGGAAUUCCUGCGAAUCUGACGUGUCGGAGCCGUGGGGAUGCCCGCCCCACCCCUGAGCUGCUGUGGUUCCGAGAUGGGAUCCGACUGGAUGGGACCACCUUCCGCCAGACCCUGCUGAAGGAAGGAACCACUGGGUCAGUGGAGAGCAUCUUAUCCUUGACUCCUUCCAGCCGUGAUGAUGGAGCCACCUUGGUCUGUCGGGCCAGGAGCCAGGCCCUGCCAUCGGGGAAGGAUACAGCUAUCACACUGAGCCUGCAGUACCCCCCAGUGGUGACUCUGUCUGCAGAACCACAGACUGUGCUGGAGGGAGAGAAGGUCACUUUCCUGUGCCAGGCCACAGCUCAACCUCCUGUCACUGGCUAUAGGUGGGCAAAGGGAGGCUCCCCGGUGCUCGGGGCCCGCGGGCCAAUGUUGGAGGUCGUGGCAGACGCCUCAUUCCUGACUGAGCCCGUGUCCUGCGAGGUCAGCAACGCUGUGGGUAGCGCCAACCGCAGCACCGCGCUCGACGUGCAGUUCGGGCCAAUUCUGCAGGCAAGACCAGAGCCCAUGUCAGUAGACGUAGGGGAAGAUGCUUCUUUCAGCUGCGCCUGGCGCGGGAACCCGCUCCCACGGGUAACUUGGACCCGCAGCGGGGACGCACAGGUGCUGGGGUCCGGGACCACGCUGCUUCUUCCGUCGGUGGGGCCCGAAGAUGCAGGCGACUACGUAUGCAGGGCUGAGCCGGGGCUCUCGGGCCUGGGGGGCGGCGCGGCGGAGGCUAGGCUGACUGUGAACGCUCCCCCAAUUGUGACCGCCCUGCAUUCUGCGCCCGCCUUCUUGAGGGGCCCCGCCCGCCUCCAGUGUCUAGUCUUCGCAUCUCCAGCUCCAGAUGCCGUGGUCUGGUCAUGGGAUGAGGGCUUUCUGGAGGCGGGGUCACAGGGUCGGUUCCUGGUGGAGACAUUCCCAGUUCCAGAAGGCCGCGAAGGACAGGGCCCAGCCCUGAUCUCUGUGCUACACAUUUCGGGAACCCAGGAAUCCGAUUUUAGCCGGGGUUUCAACUGCAGUGCCAGGAACCGGUUGGGUGAGGGAGGUACCCAGGUCAGCCUGGGACGUAGAGACUUGCUGCCCACUGUCCGGAUUGUGGCUGGAGUGGCUUCUGCCGCCAUGACUCUUCUUAUGGUCGUCAUCGGGGUGACCCUCUGCUGCUGGCGCCAUGGCAAGGCCUCUUUCUCCAAGCAAAAGAACCUGGUGCGAAUCCCAGGGAGCAGUGACGGUUCAAGUUCUCGUGGCCCUGAGGAGGAGGAGACAGGCAGCGGCGAGGACCGGGGACCCAUUGUGCACACGGACCACAGUGACCUGGUUCUGGAUGAGGAGGGGGCUCUGGAGACCAAGGAUCCAACCAAUGGUUACUACAAGGUCCGAGGAGUCAGUCCACCCACGUCUCCAGACUCAUGUAUGACAGCUCUCCAAAUGAAGAGUUCUGGAAUCUUCAACUUGCCAUAAUGGAUUGUCCUGAUUUCUGAGGAACCAGAACAAGUUGGUGACCUUCCUCCUCCAAAACUGAACAUUGAUGGGAGAGAAAGAUCAUACAAUUGUCUUACUUACGGUGUAUAAUCAGGUCAGCCAAAGAAGCUGCCCCAAAAGGAGCAAGAUGGCCACUUGACCAACUAUUUCCCCUGCGUAAAAGGGAUUCAAGAUGGCAGAUGGGCUCUUUGUAAAGGGAUGGGGACAGGGGUGAUAGGAGUUAGAGGCAGGGAUAGAAAUUAUUUCCAGACAUUGAAAGAAGAGAUUUCAAAAUGACCACCUGUACUGAGAAGACAGGCAACAUAGGAAGAUCUAGAUAGAAGCCAGACCAGGCCCUGUCCUGGUUCUCUCUGAGGGGCAUUUUGCUUGGCCAAUGGAAGUGCAGCCAAGAUGGCUGUUCACUCUCUGGGAACCCAAGAUGGCCACUAUCUUGAUUCCUUCAAAAUUCCUUCAAGACCCUGGAAAAAUUGAAUUCAAGGAGUGAGGAUAGGGUGAGAACUGACAUGAGAGGAGGGAAGUGGGUUGGGUUGUGUGGGGGUGGAAUCUGGGGAUGAGAAUAUUUAUGUUUAAUAAAAAAAAGAAGUUGA